GAAGAAUCCCGAAACGAUGUAAACAAUCUUAAGAAUCCCGAAACAAUGUAAACAAUCAGAAGAAUCCCGAAACAAUGUCAACAAUCAGAAGAAUCCCGAAACGAUGUAAACAAUCUUAAGAAUCCCGAAACAAUGUCAACAAUCAGAAGAAUCCCGAAACAAUGUCAACAAUCAGAAGAAUCCCGUAACAAUGUAAACAAUCAGAAGAAUCCCGAAACAAUGUCAACAAUCAGAAGAAUCCUGAAACGAUGUAAACAAUCAGAAGAAUCCCGAAACAAUGAAAACAACCAGUCGAAUCCCGAAACAAUGCUUGAUAUAUCCGGAGGAGCAAGUAAUAUAUCUGGAGGGGCAAGUAAUAUAUCUGGAGGGGCAAGUAAUAUAUCCGGAAGAGUAAGUGAUAUAUCCGGAGGAGCAAGUAAUAUAUCCGGAGGGGCAAGUAAUAUAUCUGGAGGGGCAAGUAAUAUAUCCGGAAGAGCAAGUAAUAUAUCCGGAGGGGCAAGUAAUAUAUCCGGAGGAGCAAAUAAUAUAUCCGGAAGAGCAAGUAAUAUAUCCGGAGGAGCAAGUAAUAUAUCCGGAGGAGCAAGUAAUAUAUCCUCCGGAGGGGCAAAUAAU